AAUUACUGAUUUGGAACACAAAUUGUAAUAUAAACGAAUAAAAUGCAAAUUUGAUGUCUAAUUUGUCAUCUUUAUGCAAAGUUCGCACUUUCCUCUCCAGCUUCCUACGACGACUUCGGUUAGAAAUAUCUGUCAGGUGUAGCGUCAAAUCAUGGUCGAUUCCUUUAGACGGGCUUCAGUCGUUAUCGGCGUAGUUGUGGUUGUGAUAAUCUUCAUAUCAGCCAUGGUGGGGACAUCACUUCGCAAACUGGAUUCGGACGAAGUGGGUGUGGCCUACAACAUCCAUCAAAAGACACUGUCAAGCAACGUGAAGCGGGAAGGUCUCCACGCAGGCGCACCAGGUUACAAAUUCAUCACCUUCAAGAGUGUGUUCCAGAGCAUUACAUUUGACGUGGAGUGCCUUAACAAAGAUGGCGUAGAAAUCGACCUUUUCAUCAAGCUUCAGUACCGAGCCCGGCCCAACAACCUCGUGGAGAUCAUUAAGCAGUUUAAGGACAGCGAAAACUAUCUGGAUAUCCUCAAGAGCAUUGGCGAGUCCUCUAUACAUGAUGCCUGUAGCGGCUUUAACACAACUCAGCUGCAGUCACAACGUGCCUCGUUUCAGGACCUCGUCCGAAAUACCCUGGGACGGCGAUUUGCUACCUUGUGGGCUGACGUGGAAGAUCUUCAGGUUGAAAGCAUAAAGCGGCCGGAGUCAUACGAAAAGGUUGUUAGAAACAAAGAGGCCGCGAAAGAAAACAUCAAGGUUGCUGAAAACCAGCGCCCGCGGCAAUUGGUUGAGGCGAGGACAGACAAAGAGGAAGCCCUCGCGCAGGCGCAGAUUACAAUCCAGCGCGCAGAAUCCGCGGCCAGGGUGCUUUUAUCUAAAGCUCGCGCUGAGGCGGAUAGUAUCCGAGCAGCUUACGAAGCCGAGGCUCAGGCAUUCCUGAAACUAAAGCAAGACAGUCUGAACACCAAUGCGGGGUUAUUGUCAUAUCUGGGAGUAAGGGCGAUUUCUGAGAACAACAACACUAUUAAUGUCGCCAUUGAUGCUCCCGCUAAAACCAAGUACACCUACGUUUAAACUGGGGGAGGCAUCUUUCUUUUGCUGCUAUUAUUAAGCAGAAAAACACAUUAAACUUCGGAUAAACGAAAAAUAGUCGCCAUUUUGUAGACGACCUCCAGAUAAAUCAUACUAUAGUUAAAAAGUUUACGAUAGUUCAGCCAAUCAGAUUGCAGCAGUUGCAUCAGUCUACAAUUCAGUUAAACUCUACUAAUUGCGGAUUUUUGCGUAAAUCAAGUUGUUUGAUUGUUUUCGAUAAGGAAAUUAAAAUCCAGAGAACUUAAA